AUGGUCCUGCGCAAGUGCAACAUAUGUGAUCGCCGGUUCAAGAAAACAGAGCAUUUCAAGCGCCACGAGCGGUCACAUACGAAGGAACGGCCCUAUGAAUGCAAUGUCUGCCAUAAACGGUUUUCUCGCAGUGAUGUUUUGAGUCGACAUGCCAAAGGCCACAAUAAUCCGCAUAGUCGUACGGCCGCCGGCGCUAAGAUUGAAGACGCCGCUGCAGCUGGCCAAGCUCAAGAUCACCGGUCUUCUGUGAUGGCGGCCACGCCGAUGGUUGCCGGACCCGAAAAUGGUGUUCAUACGUUGCCCAGUUUUGGUACAGAGGCACAUCAAAUACCAAAUUUCCCAGCGACACCGGCCCUCUCCGCACCCGGGCUCCCACCGUCCUCUCUGGAUUUCCUGGCAGAUAUCUCAGCCCAACAUGCUCGAACAGAGCCGGAGAUUCACCAUAUGAUGAUUGAUGAACAGCAGCCGUAUUUCGGGUGGAACGAAGUGACGCCCGCUGACCAAACUUCCCACAGACCCGGCAUGACAUUCGACUCAGUGCCGAACGACAUGUUGCAGCUGUGGCUUGAGCCCCGGACUGACUCGGGAUCGAAUAAUAGUUCGCUUGAUUUGAUGCGGGAGAGUCAUUUCCCCUUGAUGGGGGACAAUGCGGUUGUUUCGCCGGACCGACAGAACCGACAUUCGAACGAUAGUGGCAAGUCUGGCGGAGACAAUAUUCCAAAUGAAAGAUUCUCCAAAGUCCAGCGAUGCUGGCUGACGCCACUCAAUCACACCGGUCGACUCAUGAACACCCUAUGGCAUGAUAUGGUCUACAGCCUGGCGGAUAACGUGUUCACGGUAAAUUCGUUGCAUGUUCCCAGCGAGUCAAGUCUACUCCAGGGAUCGCGAUGUGGAGUUGAUGAGGACUGCAGACGCCGUCUUCAAGCGGUGUUUGGACAGCCAGUGUUCACUCAGCCCGAUAUGCAAUCUCCCAAACGCAAUGGUCUUUCUCCUGCCGCACUCAAUGUGACUGUCAAUGGCCUACCCGCCUUUCCUCCCGCCGAGAUCUUGGAUAUGGCUCUUGACCUUUAUUUUCGCACUUUCCACCCUCUCGUGCCAUUUGUACAUCUCCCGACCUUCUCAGCGCAGAAGACGCAUGUUCCACUGCUUCACGUGAUGUGUCUUAUCGGCAUGAUGCUGCUGGGAACCAAGGGGACCUCUAGUUAUGUGCUCAAAAAUUUCACCAGCACACUGGAAAAGGUGACUGCCGAGUUAUCAAAGUGUUCAACGGGGAUCGAGAGUUCAUCCGGUUCUGUGUCCACUUUUGCCACGGCGUUUCUCUUUUUGAGCCUCGCCGCAUUGACUGGUGAAAAAACACACUUGGAGCAAUGCCAGAUGCUUUACGUGAGUCUGAUGUCGAUCACACAACGACAUGGGCUAUUUGCAGCAACUGAAGGGCAGAUCCUCGACAUGAGCCUGUUUGAGGGAGUCCCCGAUAUUGAUAUGCGAUGGAAGGCAUGGAGUAAAGUUGAGUCCGCUAAGAGAGUCGUCAUCGGGCUCCUCCUCAUGGAUUCAUGGUACUCCUCCUUCCUAUCUACGAGUCCGAUCAUAGUCCCCGACUCCAUCAAAGUCAUCCUCCCCUGCAACGAAGCCCUAUUCAGCGCCCAAUCCUCAAUGCGCUGGACGCAGCUCAUCCGCAACGGAAAACGGAUCCUGAUGCCGACGGUGCUGGCACCGUCUGAGAAUAUCAAUAUCCCGACCCUCGACGGACCCGCCGACGACUUCUGCAUUCACACCAUACUCGCAAUGGUCCAGCUUCGCCAGUCAGAAGCAUACCAUCGCCUCCUCUCCAACCGGGCCAGCUACCCCUUCGCCCCAUGCCACACAUACGCCAUGGACGGGCGGGCUCGAUGCCUUCCCUCCCUGCAAUUCCAACUCAUCAGCACCUACGGUGAAAAUAUGGAAUCUAUGAACCCAAAUGCUUCGGUCAUGUGGCAUAACAUGUGCAUGACCCUGACGGCAGAUAUCCAGAUCUUCGAUCUCGCCGCUGGCCGGGCCGGGCCCGGCCCUGCGCGCAAAGCUCUCGACAAUAUCGCAGAGUGGUCACAAACCCCCGCAGCGCGCCGUGCCUGUCUCCACGCCGCACAUAUCUACCGCGCCAUGACAAAUCGCAAGGCAUCAGACCCUCCAACAUUCCACUCCGUUUUCGCUGUCUUCUCCGCAGCACUUGUGCUGGGCCUGUACACUUUCAUGGUCCCUAGCUCCGCAUCCUCUCCAGCCAGCCUCGGUUCUAUUGAAUUAAUGGAUGAUAUCGACUGGCACCAGGUUGGCACCGAGGGCUUCACAAGUUUCAUGGACCCGCGCGGCAGCCAAGACUUUUCGUCGACAGAUGACCCCGCUGUCAAUUUCAUCCGCAACGGCGCGACGAUCUACCUGCGCGGCGUGCCUCUUCAAGGCGGGUACCAGUCUGCUCGUCGGAUUCUGUUGGACUAUGCAGGUCUAUUGAAAGAUUCGGGGAAGUGGAGUGUGAAGAAGUUCUCGUAUAUUUUGCAUAUCAUGAGUGAUGUGCUUAUGGAUGUGGAGUGA